AUGACUGAAAAUGUAAUUAUUGCGGAUAAUAGACGGGCUCAAAGAGAUCUUAGGCCAAAUAUUCCGGAGUUCAAAUGGAAUGCAGUUCCGAGUGUUGCGAGUCUCAGAAGAUCUUUAACGGGACGAGAUUCGAAGGUGUCUAACGUUACUCGCAGUACUCGAGUCAACUACUCACAACUAAAUAUGGGAUUAAAAAUGCAAAAAACUCUUGCAACUCAAGAACUUGACUUGAACAAUAUUUUCAAAAACGAUUCUCAAGAACUUCCUUUGGAGUUUUUUGACGACUUUAACUUCGAGGAAUUGUUCGAACAUGCAAAAUUGAAUCUUUUAAGACAUUCCGCACUUGCAUUUCUUCCUGAAGUGUACGAAAAUCUAACUUCAAACAUAGAUUUAGCAAGUUUCAAGAGUUCUGAAUCUCUUAAAGAACCAAAAAAUGAUUGGGUUGAAGUUCAAAUCGUAGAUUAUAAUGAAAAGUCAAAACUUUUUAGAGUAAUUGAUGAAAUAAAUUUUGAAGAACAUCAACUUCCUUCGAUAAAAAUCAACUUUUGGAAUGAAGAUUCAACGAAAUAUGUUGAAAGAGUAAAAAGAGCUAUUGAGUUUCGUGAAAAAUGUAAAAGAAUGAUUAAAUAUGAAGCAGAAUUGGAAAGCCAUCCAUUAAUAGAAAAUACUUCAAUGCCUCAAAAAAUUAGUCUGAAGAUGAAACUUCAAAUUGAUAAGGCAGAAAAUGGUCAAAAAAUCAAAUUGAAUGAGAUCGUGAAAGAUUUUGAACAUCAUUUCAAGAAAUGUCAAGCAGCUAUUGAUACAAAAUUAUCCGAAUUUUCUUCCAAAAAAGCUUCAAAAAAGAAUCUUGUUCAGUUGAAUUACGAUUUCAAAACUUUACGUCACGAUUUUCGUUGGAAAUCGAUUUAUUGUCAACCAGAAGUGUUCAAUGCCAUGUUUGAUGUUUCCAAUAUUUGUUCUGACAUUUCUUCUCUUUGCCUGUUUAACAUCGAAAAAGGGACUGAAAUGAAAAUUUCUGACUUUGAUAAGGUUCAAAAGUCAAAAAUAACGGAAAUCACAAACUUUCUUCAAACUGAAUGGCCUGAAAAUUUAGCUCAAGUCGUUUAUAAUCACUUCAAGAACAUCAAAAUUGGUUGGUUCAACAUUCGGAUCAGCAAUUGGGAAGUUUAUUUGAUCUCAAAACUCUAUCGUUUCAUGCUUCUCGUACAACAAAAGAUGCAAGAAGCUCUUCAGGCACUGAUUUGUUCAUCAAUUCAACAAUACAUCAAUUGGUUAUGUGAACCUUGUAUCACAUCUUUAGACGUUUCAGAAGACUUUGAAUGGGAUGAAGAUUUGAUUCAAAGUCCUUUUGACUCUGAAUUUCCCAUUUUUCAUCUUGUACUUCAAAUGAACGAAUCAUUGGGAGCUCAUUUCUCAUCAAAUGUUGAUACUUUUUCGGAUAUUUUGUUAAGUCAUUUCGACACAGUGCUACUUAACACUCAUUUUAUCAAGAUAAUUGAUCCAAUGGUCCUUCAAUGUCUUUUGUACGAACCUGGUUUAUGCAUUUCUUCAAUAGGAUUGAUGGAUGAAAGAAUCACAGAACCAAGAAAUUACUUGAAACGAUGUUAUGAAAAGGCAAUUAUUCCAUUGAAGGCUUAUGCGAGUCGUUAUAACGAACAAUUAGAGUUCUUUUUGAUGAAAAAUGAGACUUUUGUGGAAAAUUUCAAGUCAGAAAAUCAUACAAUGCUUGAAAUAAAGGAAGAAAUCUUAAUGAACAUUGAUAAAAAGCAGGAAUUGGAAGAAAAGUUACCAAUCAGUAUCGUAAUUGGACCAUUUUUUGUCUUGAUCGAACCUUUAAAGCGUAUUUUGAUCAGAAAACGAAAUGAUCUUAUUCAAAAAUUGAUGAAAAUGUUAAAUGAUUUGAUUCGAGAUAAAACUAUGAAGAUCGUUCUUCAAUAUCGAGAAAUUUUCAAUCGACUUUUUGAACCUCCAUCUUCCGUUGAAUUCCUCUUUGAGACUCAAAACAUGAUAGAAACCCUUCCUGAACUCAUCAAAUCAACUGAAGAAGAAAUGCGAGUUGUACUCUACGAUUACGAGAUUCUUGAUUUCUUUCAUUACGUCUUAACAAACGAGGAUUGUGCUCUAAAAUGGGAAGCAAUUCGUUGGCCAAAUCGCAUUCUAUCUCAAAUAAAUGUCACUCAAGAACAACAAAUACUCGACAUUGAAAAGUUUCAAAAGGAGCAAGUUAGUGAAACAUCAUCUUUUGACAAAACUUUAGAAUCUUUGACAGUUCAAGUUCAAGAAUAUCAGUUCAAGGAUGAUGCAACAAAAGUAACUCAAAAUGCCCAAAAUUGCAAAAAACUCUCGGAAAAUCUUUUGAUAACUCAAAAACUUGGAAGAACUCUAAACGAGCGUCAAUUGCUUUUCAACUUGCCCGAACUUGAAUUAGAAAAUAUCGAUCAGUUAAUUGUCAGUUUCAAGCCUUACGAAACUUUAUGGUUCACAGCUGCCAACUUCUAUCACAAUCGAGAAGUUUGGUUGAAUGAAAAGAUCGCUUGCUUGAAUGUUCAUGACAUUUUUGAAGCUCUCGAGAACAGCAAAAAUAUUUUCAUGGAGCUCGUGGAUGAUUUCGAAGAAAUUCCUCGAAUUCAAGCAGUUUGUAAUUCAUUUUUAGCUGAAAUUCGUUCUUUUGAACCGAUUUUAGAACUGAUGCAAGAUUUCACUCAUUUCUGUUGGAGUAAAAAAUGCUUCAAAAGCCUUAACGAAAAAACUGGAAUGAAAAUUUCACUUGAAACUGAACUCUCAACUCAAAACUGUAUCGAAGAAGGGAUUUUGAAGAAGGAAAAUCGAGAAAUGGUUAAAGUUAUUCUAAAACAAGCAAUUGAAGAUCAUCACAAAGAGGAAAUAACAAAAGCUGAAGAAGCUGAGAAACGUCGUAAGGAAGAGGAAAUCUUAGAAGCUCGACGUCAACGACGAUUAGCUCGAACAGACAUUUAA